AGUAGGACCUCAAAGAUACGAACACCAGACAACCGAACUGACCGGUCAACCGAACAGCAUGCUCUAGCGCGAGCGCGCGCUCUUGCAAAAAUUUGAUCACGUAAUGUAGCCACGCGCACGCGCACUUUUGAGGCGUGGCCUAGCGCUAGCCACGUGGUAGCUGAUCCAAGAUGGAGGCAAAGGACAAGCCUAAGAGAAAGCGAGUCAAUUUAUCUAUUGAACAAAAGAUCGAGAUUCUUGAGAAGCUGGACAGAGGUAUUUCUAAUACAGCUAUUGCUUCUGAAUAUAGCAUUGGAAAAUCCACAGUAACUGAUAUACAGAAAUCUAGGAGCAAAAUUACUCAGUUUGCCGUUGAAGCUAAAGACAGCAGUAGUUUUAAGAAGCGUUGCAUUGUUAGGAGAGCUGAUGAUGACCAAUUUGACAAGGCCAUGCACCUUUGGUUCACACAAGAACGGCACAAAGGCACUCCUCUGAGUGGGGUUGUUGUCAUGGAGAAAGCCAGGCUGAUGCACCAGCAAAUGUAUCCAGAUCGGUCACCAGAUGAUUUCAAGGCUAGCACUGGUUGGCUUCAUAGAUUCAAGCAGAGGCAUGGUAUUCGUCAACUAAGCAUGCAGGGAGAGUCUCUUUCAGCUAAUCCUCAGUCUGCUGAAGCAUUCAAGCUGUCUUUGCAUAAAUAUAUUGAAGAUCAUAAGCUUUCCAUCCAUCAGAUCUUUAAUUGUGAUGAGACAGGUCUGUGUUGGCGCCUGCUGCCGAACAAAACCCUGGCAGAUGGUUCUGAAAAGGCUGCAAAGAAUUGCAAAUCCCCUAAAGAUCGGGUAACAUUGAUGGCAACUGCCAAUGUCAGUGGAGAUAUGCGUAGCCCUCUGGUCUUUAUUCACAAGAGCGCUAAGCCUCGCUGUUUUUCAGGGGUCAACAUGUCAUCUCUACCAGUCCAUUAUUAUAGCCAAAAAAGUGCCUGGAUGGAUCAAUCAAUUUUCUUGGACUGGUUUUUCAAGCACUUUGUACCAGAGGUGAAGCGUUACUUGAAAUCAAAGUCAUUGCCACUUCAAGCUCUUCUCAUUAUGGAUAAUGCACCAUCCCACCCUUCAGUAGAGGCUUUGAGUUCUGAAGGAAUGAGUUGCAUGUUUCUGCCCCCCAAUGUCACAAGUCUGGUUCAACCUAUGGAUCAGGGAGUGCUGGAGAACCUGAAGCGCAGGUACAAACGAGAGCUCAUGAGAAAACUGCUGCUUCAAUCUGAAUCGAGUGAAGACUCCUUCAUUUCCUUCAGCAAAAAGCUGACCAUAAAAGAUGCGGUGUACCUGAGUGCUAAAUCUUGGAACGAAAUUCCUGAAGUUUCUCUCUGUCGUGCUUGGAAUAAGCUAGGGUUUGGUGGUCGUAGUAUGGGUGAUGCUUCUCGGAUCGAUGCCAGUGAAUCCGAAGAAGAAAUUACCUUUGAAGUAUGUUCCCAGUUGGGCAUCAAUGAGGAAGAAAUGGAGCAAUGGCUUCUUGCUGACAAGGAUGAAACUGGGUCUCAAUCGCUGACUGAUGAAGAAAUUAUCGACUCUGUUCAGGUCCAGGAUCCAUCGGACAGUGAAGAUGAAGCUGAGCACACUGAUGUAGCUAAGAUUAGCCACACAAAGGCUGUUGAUUGCUUUAGUGUCUGCUUGGAAUGGUUAGAGCAGCAGCCUGAAGCCACCCCCAUGAAUCUCAUGCUUUUGAGAGAGCUCCUGGACCUUGCAGGACAAAAAAGGGGUUCUGCCUUGAAGCAAAAGACAAUGGAUUGUUAUUUUAGUAACCCUUGAAUUCGUUCUUACACUCUCACAGUUACUGUAGUUCACGUACUUAUCCUUUUUGUUAGCCAUACAGUGUACUCCUGUUUUCACAAGUUAUGUAAUCAUCGAUAUUACAAACUUCAGACUUAUGAACAUUUCACAAUUACGAACACCCAAUUUCCCGAGGUGUUCGUAUCUUUGAGGUCCUACUGUAGCUCUUGUGUUGAUGUUGGUGCUAGCUUUGCUUACCAUUUCAGCCUGAUUUUUGUAUUUAUUACCCACAAACGCAGUUCAACUCAGUGCUCAAGUCGCUGGUUAUAGCGUGAAACUAACGUCUCUACAACCAGCAGCAACACGCGCAAAUUGCGCUCCAAACCAUCACCUCAUUGUGUAGAAAUUAUGCGCCUUAGGUCAUCAAAUCAGACCAUCAUUGGUGUAUUAUAUUGAUCAACAUUUCUGACCUUUGGAGACUGUUUGAAAAGCCUUUAGAAUUAAGAAUGCGCGGGUUAGAGAUUCAAACGUGAUUUGGGAAACCACUAGAAUAACAAAAAGGGUUGUUGGGGUGUGGACAUUAUGUCAGUAUGUAAAUAUUUUAAUUAAAUUACAGUAUGACUUGUAUUGCCCUUCUGUCCAUUGUUUACAUUUCUCUUUGUCUAGCUGCAUGAAUAGCUAGACUUGUGAUGGCAUACUCUUUGUUUGU